AUGUUUAAAAGUAUCGUUCCGACAACCGUCGGGUUAAAUAAUUCAAAUUACGUUCAUGCCAACAUUGAUGAGGGAUUCAAUUUUUAUAGUAACGGUAAUAAUAAUAUUAGUAAUAAUUUCCCAAAAAAAGAAAAUGGUCAAAUAGCUAUAGAACAUGAACAAAUAUUAAAUGUAUCAAAUUCAUACAAAAUUAAUGUUGAAAACUUAGUCAACGCUAAAACCCCAGAAGAAAUAGCACUUCGAAUAUUAAAAUCACAAAAUAUACAAAAUAAAAGAAAAUAUACAGAUAAUAAUAAUGCAAAUUAUGAAAUAAAUAAAAAAAGUUGUAAUUUGUAUAAUCCUAAUUUAUGUUAUGUAAAUAAUUCAUCAGGCUUACAAGAAAAUAUUUCUUCUCAAAAUAAAGUUUUGAAUCAAAAAUAUUCGGAUCAACAUUAUUUUAAAUAUAAUUUUUCAGAAUAUCAAUUUCAAAAUAAUAUAAAAGAAAAAUGGAAAAGACACAGUGAUAAUAGGGUGGUGUACAACACUCAUGGAAAUAGCCAAAAUUUAUUUCGACCAAAUAGUAGAACUAGCAAUGAUAUCAAUUCGAAUAGCAAUAAUAAUAACAAUUACUAUAACGAUUUUCAUAAUUAUUAUAAUAGAGGAUCAAAUUUCUAUAAUAAUAAUUACAAAUCUAUAUAUACUAACAGACCUAAUAUUACUAAUGAUUCACAAUUUUUUAAUUUUCAAAAAAUUCCAAAUCGAGCUCAUAAUAGUGUACCUCUUUCUCAAUUUAAUGAUCCUCAAAAUAUGAAUUAUAUAGAUAGCAAUAUAAUAAAUCAAAUUGAUAUGAUUAAAUUUGCUUAUAAAACAAAAUUUCAUAACCAAAAAAAUAUUAACAAUAUAAAACAUGCUUAUAAUAUUGAGAAAUCGAAUUAUUGCAAUAAUAUUUAUUUAUCUCAAAAUAAUUGUCAAUUGGAUAUUUGGCCGAAUAUCAGUAACCCAGCUCCUAAUUAUAUAGUUCAAAAAAAUAUACAUAUAGAACCACAUCAAAAUAAUAAGCUUUUUCCCAUUUUAGAAACACAUAAAUUUGAAAAAAAAACGGAUGAAAUAAUAACUGAGAUAGAUAAUAAUGAUUUAAUGAACAUCAAUGGAAAUUCACAGACUCAUAAAAUGGCCCCAAAUCUAAAUGAAGAGGAAAAUCAAACUUUAGAAAAAAUCAUUAAUCCCAUAAAUAUGAACAAUAUUGUGGACAAAAAUGCAAAGAUACAAACAGAAGAUGAUAACCAUAAAAUUGAUACUGAAAAAAUAGAUAAAAUCAACAAUUCUAUUAUUAUUCAAGAUAACAAAAAUGAUUUAAAUGAAAAUAAAAUAAAUAAUCACAACAUUAAUAUAAUAGAAGAAAUAAGUCCAAAUUUGAAUGAAGAAAACGAAGAAAAAUCAAUAAGGGGAAUACUAAUAAAUGAAGAAAAAUUCUCAAAUUUUAUAGAAAAUGAUAAAUCUUUACCAUUAUCAUCAUUAAUGUUUGAACCAAAAAAAGAAUUAGAGAUUUUCAAAUCCCCUGAAUUACUAGACCAAACUGAUGAUGAAAUAUUAUAUACGUUAAAAGACAGAAAAAAUAAAGAAACAGAAAAAUAUAAAAAUGAUUAUAUUAAUUUAAAUAAAGAUGAUGAUAAUAAAAUGCGCAUUUUUUUUGAACAAAAUAUUGAAUCCUUUUUAAAUUUAGAUUCAAAUGAUAUAAACAGAAAUAAGAAAUUAAAAAAUAUUAUAUCAUCUAUAGAAAUAUGUCUAAAAUGUGAAAAAGAUUUAACUUAUGCAGAUACAAGAAAAAUAGAAAUAUUGUUUGACAAACUUUUAUCAAACAUUGAUAGUUAUACUAAUAGAGAAAUAAGUUAUAGAAAAUUUGUAAAGGAAUAUAAAGAAGUUAAUUCUUCUUCAUCAUUCUUAGAUGAAUAUGGAAACGAGAACAGUAUUAACGAUGAGGAAGAAGAUGAAGUUAUUCAGUCAAAAUUAGAGAAUAAUACAGAAGAUGAAAAUAUGAACAAAAUUUCAAAAAAAUAUUCUCAAAAAAAUAGACAAACAAAUACAAAAAAAAACAACUUAAAAAAUAAUUCAAUUGAUGAAAAAACUAACACAAAUAAUAUUAGUGAUAUAAUUUAUGGAAAUUACAACAUUUUAUUAUAUUUACUUUUAUUAAAUUUUACCUUCUUUAAAAAUUAUAUUGAUAUUGAAGAAAUAAAUAAACACAUAUUAAUAAACUUAAAAACAAACUUUAAAAAUAUUAUAAUAAAAUUAUGUGAAAAUGAAAUUAAAAAUAAAAUAAUUCAAUUUUAUAAUAUUCAUGAACAGUUUUUAAUACAACUUAUUUGGAUAUAUGAAAAAGUGUUAUUAUAUAUAUAUGACAUAUAUAUAUAUAUUGAGAAAUAUGAUACAGUAUUAAUUAAUUUAUUGGAUUUGUGUUUAUUGACAUUUCAGACAAAUUACAAUAUUCAAAUUAUUAUACUUCAUUCUAUUAAUUUAUUACUAAAGGUUUUUAAUACUAAUCAAUUGAAAAAUAUGAAAAGGUAUAUUUUGGACAAUUUAAUCAUGAAUAUAAAUACUAUCGAUUUUAAAUAUAAUAAAAUAAACUUUAAAAACAGUCAUACUAAUUCUACUUACAUACAUUUAUCGAUAUUCCUUAUAAUUAAAAUUGCUGAAUCAUUCUCUUUUUAUUAUGGGGAUAUAAAAAAGAAAUUUAUAUUACAACAAAAGUUCAAACAAAUAAAAAUACAAAAUAAACUCGACAAAAAAACUGAUAAAAAUGUAUCAAAAAAAUUCAAAAAUGGAAAAAAACGAGAAAAAAUAUAUUCUAUGUCAUCUCAUGAUUAUAGUAGAAUCAUUGACAAAGAUGAAGAAGAUGAAGAAGAUGAAGAUGAUGAAGAAUAUAAUUUUUAUGAUGAAUAUUCUCGAGGCAAAAAAGGAGAAAAACAUAAUAAUAAUAAUAAUAAAUUGAAACUUAAAAAGAAAAACAUAAAAACAACAGAAAUUAAACAUGUAAAAGAUUCAAAUUCAUCUUCUGACGAUUCAUUUAAUUUUAGUAUUUUUACUAGUGAAAAUGAUAGCGAAAUUCUUCAAAGUGAUAUAUUUCUGGAAAAAAAAUUAGUUGGAAAGCCUACAAAUAGUGAUAAAGUAUCCAAAUUAAGAAAUAAUAAUAAUUUCAUAAAUGAUAAGAACGUGUAUAUUGAUAAUUCCAAACACUUGCAUAAAUCGGUGGAAAGAAAAUACUCGAUGAGAAAAAAAACAAAGCCCAAAUCAGACAUUUAUGAAUAUGAUAAUUUAAAUGAUACCCAUGAUAUGAAAAUAAUGCACCACAAUAAAAAGAAAAAAAAUAGAGACACCAUUAAAGUAAUUGCACCUAUUAAAUAUUCUGAUAGUAUCGACCAAUAUUUUGACAUUACAUAUCAAAAGGAAAGUUUAAAAACAUAUGAAGCAAAGAAAAAAACUGAAAUAGCUAAUUUAGAGAAUCCAACAGAAGAAGCACUUAAUAAGUUUAUGAUGGAACAAAAUUUUAAGCGAUUAAAUAAUAUAAUAAAUUAUAUAUUAAUAGAAAUAAUAAAAAAAAUAUUAUAUGAUGAUAAUAAAAAUGGUCGAAAUAUUUUAGAAGUUAUAGUUUUAGAUUUAAUUAAAUGCUGUGAUAAUCCAUUAUUAAGUUUAAGUACAAUGUUUAUAAAAAAUUUAACUCAUCUUUUUUUUGAUAUAUUAAAUAAAAAACAAGAAAAUAAUAUUAAAGAAACUUGUCUUUUUAUACUCAGAUAUAUGAUCAAAUAUAUAUUUAGUAUAUACAAUUAUAUUAAUAAUUCGUGUUUUCAUUUACUCUAUAAUUUUAAUAACGAAACAAAAAACAACAAAUUUAUAAAACCAAUUCUUAACAUUAAAGAUGAUAAUAAUAAUAAUAAUAAUCAUAUAGAUCCUAUUCAAAAUGACUCAGAAAUAAAACUUAGCCCAUCUUUUCGAAAAGCCAACAAAAUCCUUAAUAGAGAAGAUUCGAAAAGUAAAAAAUUAACACAAACAGCUAAAAAUAAAAAGGCAAUCAUUAAAGGAAAAAAUCCGAAGAAAAAAAAUCAAAAAAAAAAUGAACAAAAUGAAAGCACCGACAACAUAAAUAUCACUAGCAUAUCAAAUGAUAAUGAAAAUUUCAAAAAAAAUGAUACAGAAAAAAAAAACAAUUUUAAAUGUUGUCAUGAAAAGAAAGAGGGAGAACAAAUCGUUCUAUGCUCUAUAUGUGAACAAUUAUAUCAUAUAACUUGUAUAAAUAAAGGAUUUAAUAAGUUGGAUUUAGAAAAUAAUAAUAUAUUAUUUUCUUUAGAAGAAAGUAAAACUGAUGAAGCAUCUCAAGAAAUUGAGGAAAAUUAUAUCAGAGGAAAGUAUCAAAAUAUAGCACAGAAAGAAGAAAGGGAUAAAUAUGAUAAUAAAAAUAGUGGUAAUAAUAAUGAUAUUUCUAAAUUUCUUAAAUAUAAUUGUGAUAAUUGUAAAAUAAAAAAUAAUACUAAAUCUUUUAUUAUAAAAGAAACACAAAGGUAUAAUAGUAUUUUAAAUAUAAGCUUAAAAAGAAAAAAAGAAAAAAAAAACGGAUUUUAUUGUAUGCAAAAAUUUUUAAACAAUUUGAAUAUUUUUGACAUUUAUUAUUACUACUUAUUAAUAUAUAUUAAAAAAGACAAUUUAAAUGAAAACAUUGAAAAAAAUUUCAAUAAUAUAUAUACAUAUAUUUUACUUUUAUACAAUAACUUUAUAUACACUUCUCAAGUUUCACAAAAUUUGGACAAUAUUUCAGAAGAUCAUAAAUUAAUAGAAACCGUUAGUGUAAAAAAAAAAAAAGAAAAUCAAACAAAUCGAAAAAAUAAAAAAAAUAGAAACAAUAAAAUCAGCGACAUAAGUAACACAAUGUGUAAAGACAUACAUGCCAGCCAAUAUAGUGAUCAAAAUAUAUUCGAAUUAAUGAGAGAAAAAAAUGAAGAUUCAGAAAUGAAAGAAAAAGAAAAAAUCGUAUUUUUAAAAAAAACUAAUAAUCUAUUAAUUUACGAAUUUAAAAAUGUGAAAGAAAAUCAAGAUACAAUAUUAAGCUUAGGCGAUAUGUAUAAUUUUGAUAUAUAUAUAAGUCAUAUAUGGAAAUUAUAUCUUUAUUUUUUUUUUUAUGAUUUUUUUACAAUAUCGUUCAAUCAAUUAUUUUAUAUAUUAUACGAAAAUAAUAAUAAAAAUUUAAGAUACUAUAGUAUAUCAAUAAUUAAUAAUAUAAUAAAUGACAAUUAUUUAUAUUUAAAAUGUAAGCAAACUCAAAAUAUUCUUUUAUCCUGUCUAACUGAUAACUAUUUAAAAGUUCGAGAAUAUACCUUAUGUAUUUUUUAUAAUUUUUGUAAAUCAUUUUUAGAAGUAAACAUAAUAAUAAAUAGAACCCUAAAACCUACUCAAAAUUUUUUAUUAAAAAAUCGUAAAAAUGAGAAAAAAAAUAAAGAUUUUGAAAUUAGCCAAAUAUCUGAUAAAAUUCAAAAUAUACGAAGUAAAGAUAUAGAUAGUGCUACAAAUAAUACUAGCGAAAAUGAAUAUGAAUGGAAUCAUAAAAAUAGUCAAAUAAAUUUAAACGAAUAUAUUACAGAUGAAAUAAUUGAAUCUGUUAAAAGAUGCACAAAAGAUAUAAAAAUUAGUGUCAGAAUUAUUAGCGUAAAAAUUUUAAAAUAUAUUAUUUAUUUUAACAAAUAUAUAAAAAGGUAUAACCUAUUAAAACAGGAUGAUAAUACAAAAUAUGAAGAAAAUAAUUAUAAACAAUUCCAUAAAGAAAACAAAAUAAAUGAUUCUAUUUCUGACAAUGUGUUAAUAUUAAACGAUUUAAUAGAACGAUAUGCAUCACCAUUUGAUAAUGAAACAAUGAAAAAUACUGUUUUAGAAAUAUUAAUUGAAAUAUUUUUCAUAAACAUUUUUGCAUUUUCAAAAAAAAAAAAAGAAAUGGAAUAUCUGCAAGAUCGAAUUACCAAAAUUCCAAACAAAGACAAUAUAACAGAUGAAAACGAACAAAAUUAUAAAUCUACAACAUCUUUGUGCAAAAAAAAAAAUUAUUCAGAAAACUUAUCUCAAGAAAUAGAGUAUGAUAGACAUGACACAUUUAUAUAUGCCGAAACAUUUAAUGAUCAAACUAAUAAUAAAUAUAUAGAAAUAGAAGAAGAUAUAAAUAAUUUAUUUAUUCAUUUACUAUAUGUUUUUAAAAAUAAACAUGAUAUAAAUAUUAUAAAUAAAAUGUUAGAAUAUAUGGAUAAAAAUUUUAGAAAAUAUGAAGAAAAAUUAAACAUAAUGCAAAAUAUGAUGAAUAAAUAUAAUGUUAAUGGUGAAGACUACGAGGAAGAUGAAAAUAAUCCAGAAACAAAAAAAAAAGAAGAAAAGAAAAAAAAAUUGAUAAAAAAAAAAAAAAAAAAAAAAAAUGCAAUAAAAAAUAAACGAAGUAAACAGGAUAUAAAAAAUGAUAAUAUCAAAUACAACUACAAUGAUGAAGAUGAAUAUUUAAAUGAUAGCAAUUCGCAAGACGAAUUAAGCAGUGAUGAUGAAGAAAAAUUAAAAAAUAAAGAAAAUUAUUUAACGAAAACAAAAAAUAAUAUAUACAAUAUAUAUAUAAACAAUUAUUAUAAAUAUAUAGAAAUAUUGAGAAAUAAAUGUAUAAAAUAUAUUUUAGAAGUAUGGAUUUAUAAUUUAAUAUCAUUGUUCGUAAAAACACGAAGAAAUAAAAUUCACGAAAAUGAGACAAAAAAAAUAAUAAAAAUUUUUAAUAUAAUUAUCGAAAUAUAUCCAAAUCUAUUUAUAAAAUAUUUGACCUUUUUUUAUUUAUAUAUUUAUAAUAAUGAUGUAUCAAAAGAUAUAUGUGAAUUAUUAUCCUCUGUUAUACCACAUUGUAAAUUGGAUUUACAUUUAAAAUUACAAUUAAAAAAAAUAAAAUUUAAUAACACACUAUUAUAUCAUAAUAAUAUAUCUAUAUCAAGAUCAUAUGUACAAUUAUUAUGUUCUUUACACACAUAUAUUUUUUCAAAUUUUUCAUAUUUUAAAAAUUAUAUAGAAGAUUGCUUUAUUGCUUUGUAUAAAUAUAAGCUAUUUUUUUUAGUUAACAAUUAUAUACACCAACUUAACGAUUUUGUAAGGGAAUUCUAUUAUAUGUCUGAAGAAGAUAAAAUUGCUAUCAAAUUUAAACUUUGUCAAUUACAUCUUUUAAAAUUGAAUGAAAAAGAUAACCAAAAUACAGAUAAAAAAGAAAAACUUGAAGAUCAUGAAUUUCAAAAACAAAUUCAAUCACAAGGAUUUGAAGAUACCGAUAAAAAUAAUAACUUGCAAAAUCCAGAAAACUUUUUCUUAUGUAAUAUUAUAGAUAUUACAUAUGAAAAUUUUAUUUGUUUUCUGAACGAAUACAAAAAAUAUAUUUUUGAAAUUUUCUCAAUAUCACAUAAUGAUAUUCUAAAUAUAAAUAAAUAUACUUGGUUAAUAUCAGUUAUUAUGGAAUUUAUAAAUGUCAACAAAAUAAUUUUGAAUAAUAUGUACAAAGACGAAAUAGAUACAAAAAUUCAUGCAACUUUAAUUGAUGAAAUAAAUGAAAAUAAAAAUUCUAACAAAUAUUCAAAUGAUAAAAAAAUAAAAUAUAUUAAAUUAUCUGAUCUUAAUAAAAAAGUCCAAAUAUACACAAAUGGAAUUUUAUAUUUCGAAUUUAUGCAUAAUAAGCAAAUGGAUUAUAUUAAAAAAUGGAAUAUAUUAAAAUUAAAAAAAGAAAUAAUAUCAGAAAUAAUAAAUAAAAAGUUUAAUAUCAAUAAAAUUGAAUCUUUUGCUGAUAUCUGUAAUUAUAAAUUUUAUGAUGUUGUUUUAAUUCUAAAAAAAUUAUUAAUAGACUUAUUUUAUAUAUCUAAUGAUAUUAAAUGUAAAUCAUUCUUUUUAUUAUGCUUAAGUAAGAUAUUAUCAAAUUAUCAUAACUCUCAUUAUAUUAAUGAUUUAAAUUUGAGAAAUUUAUUUUUUUUUUGUAUCAAUUCUCAAAAUCCAUCUUUACAAAAAAAUUUUCUUUAUAUACUACUUCAGCUUAUUAAGGCAUAUGAGCAUUUUUUCAACAAUAAGGACAACAUCUUUUAUACACAUUCUGUUGAAAAUCAUGAUAAUUUCACAAACUCUUCAAAUAAAAACAAAAAUGUAUUAGACCGCGUUGAACCAAAUGACUUAAAUUGCAAAACAAAACGAAAACAAGGAAAUUCAGGACGAAAUAAUAAAGAUAAUUAUUACAAAAAAGAAAAACGAACAAAUCAAACAUAUAAAAUACAAUCCAAAAAUUAUGAAAAAGAAUCAAAUUCUACCGAUAUAUAUCUUAAUGAUAGUAACAAAAAUUAUUCGGCUUCAAAUUCAUCAACUAUGUUUGCAAACACUGAUUACAAAUCCAACGAGAAUAAUAAUAUUUCAAAAGGAAUAAAUAAAUUAGAUUGCAAAAAUAAUAAAAUGAAAAUCGAAGCAUCUAUUGGCAAUGAUGCCGAAAUAGAAACUCAAAUUGGAGACGAAGAAGAUAUAUAUGAUGCAGAAAAUAGUCAUGUAAAUAAAUCAAAAACUGAACAGUUUGAUAACAAAAAAAAAUUUAUACAAAAAAAAAAUAAGGAAAUUGAAAUCACAAAUAAAAAAGAAAUCAAUAAUAACAAUGAAGAUAAAAAUAUGAUCAAUAAUAAUUGUCAUGAAAAUGAAAAUAAAUUUUCUCAACAAACAAAUACGACAAAAAAUAAAAAUAACAUGCAUGUAUUAUUAUUAGCUUCUUUAUUUACACAAAAAAUUGUUGAAAUUAUCAAAAUUAAUCAAUUUUAUUAUUUAGAUUGCUCCCAAGAAGAAUUAAAUCAUAUAAAAAAUUUAGGGGUGCAAAUUCUAAACCAUUUAUAUAGAGAAGGGUUUAUACAAAGUACAAGUAUAUGCCCUACAAUUUUUCCAUUAUGUUUCUCAUCAGAUGUGAAAUUAAAAUUGCAAGGUCAAAAAGUUAUUAAUUUUAUUAUGGAAAAAGAAAAUUAUAAUUUUUUAAAUAAUUUAUCAGAAUGUUUACAGGGUUUACUAUUUUAUAUUAUUGAAAAUUAUUACAUUAAAAAUAGAAAACAAAAUUAUCCCAAUAAUGAAGAUUAUAAAAAUAUAGACAAUAUGAAUCAAUUUUUUUUAUUUAGUCAAAUGGAACCAAUUUUUUUUAAAACAUUACUCGAUAUUUAUGAAAAGUUAGAAACAAAAAAAUUAAAAAUAAUGUUUUUAAAAAUUAUAUUGAAGCAAAUAGAAAAUACAUCUCAUUUUGUUUUAUACGAAAAAGUUAUAAGUUUCGUUAGAUAUAUGAAUCAAAAAUAUCCCCAAUACAACCAAACAGAACCACAAAAUUAUAAUGAUAGCAUAUACACGGAAAUGUAUAGUAAAAAUGGAGCUGUUCAAAUAUGUUCUAUUAAAGAUAUAUAUUGUUAUAUUUCCAAAAAUUAUUUUCCACAAGAUAGACAAAGAACAUCCAACGAUUUUGAAGAAAAUUCUUCUGAUGAAAAUCUUGACACAUCUGAGAACGACGAAAAAUAUGAUGAGAAUGAAAAUGAAAAAGAAAAUAGUUACGAGUUAAGAAAAGGAUUAAAUUCUAGAAAAAAUAAAAGGAAUGGUUCAAAUAAACUUUUGAAUAGCAAAGAAAGCAUAAAUUUUGAAAGUGUUAUAGCAUAUAGUACUACAAAUUAUGAAAAUUUAUGCAAUAAAGACACGGGGGAAAAUAUAUAUAUAAAAAUAAAAAAAAAAUAUAAUAAUAUAUUAGAAGAACAUAUAAUUAUUGAUGAAUAUACAAUUGUAAAUUAUUUCCUAUUUUUAUAUUUACAAAUAUUAACAUAUCUCAUUUCAUAUAUUAAUUUUUCAACAUACAAUGAAAUAGCUAUAUUAAUUCAUGACAUAAAUAGAGUAUAUUCUAUAACAUCAUCAACUAUUAACAUUGGUAAUGAUGCCGACAAAGUUAAACCCGAUUAUUUCCAUUUAUUAGAUGAGCAUAUAAAACAAAUAACAAAUGAAGAUGAUAAUAUUCGAGAAAAGGAAAUUCUUAAUACACCAUAUAUAACCCCAAACUUAAAUAAAAUAAAAUGCUUUAUUAUAGUUAUUCUCAACAAUCUUGUGACUAAUCUUAUGGGGAAUUAUAAUUUGAGCUCAGAGAGACUGAGUGAUCUAAUCGACGACAAUAAUUUAAAGGAAAACAAAAUAGACGAAGAAAAAAAAGAAGAGAAAAAAAACAAUUUUAAUUACUAUGAUUAUAUAUAUGAAUGUAUUGAUAUAUAUAUGGGAAACCCAACAGAAAUAGUUAACAAAUAUUCGAAGCAUAAUUUAAAUACAUAUGAAAUGAAUAACGAUUACUUAUGCAAACUCAUAAAUGAGGGAAAAAACAAAAAAAUUUUGCAAAAAAAAAAGAAAAAAAAGAAUUGGAAAAAAAGCGCAGGUUAA